ACCAAUGGCCUGAGAGUUUGGAAAAUUCUGCAGGGUAGCUUGACUGGAUGGCUUAGCAGAGCUGUGGCAUUUGGGUUGAGGCACACAUAGCAUAACUGAACGGGCUCUCCACUCCAGCUGCUGACUCACUACCCAGGACAAGAGAGAAAGUCAAUGAGAGAGAGAAAGUAAAAGAGAAAGAGAGAGAGAUAUAAGAAAAUAAAGAAAGUAAGAGAAAGUUAACUACCUUGACUAGUUGCUACAGUUUUUGAAGUCACUUUUUUUUUUUUUGGUUCUACCACCACCAGGCAACCAUGGCGGAUUCUAGCGUGCAACUUGAAACUGCAGCCCUCUCGGACAUCUCUGAGGACGAGCAAGUGGAGGAUGAACAUGUGGAGAAGUCGGACUCCCAGGUCAAUGGGGUGAUGGUCCUGACUCUUCUAGACAAGAUCAUUGGGGCAGUGGACCAGAUCCAGCAGACGCAGAACAGCCUGGAGCACAGGCAGCAGGAGAUGGAGAGCUCAGUGACAGGCAUCCAGGGCGAACUGACCAAGCUGGCCAAGUCCCACACGACCACCAGCAACACGGUCAACAAGAUGCUGGAGAAGGUGCGCAAGGUGAGCAUCAACGUGAAGACCGUGAGGCAGAACCUGGAGAAGCAAGCGGGGCAGAUCAAGAGGCUGGAAUCCAACGAGGCAGAGCUGCUCAAGAGACGGAACUUCAAAGUCAUGAUCUACCAGGACGAAGUGAAGGUGCCCUCCAAGGUGAGCGUGUCCAAGUCCCUGAAGGAUCUGGAGAAGGUGGCGGAGGAGGGCGAGGAGGAGUCUCAGCAUGGCAAAGCUCACGAGGACGGGGACGAGGAGCAGGAGCAGGAGCAGCUGCAGCUCUCCUCGGACGAGGAGGUGGAGAUUGAGGAGAUUAUCGAGGAGUCGCGGGCGGAGCGCAUCAAACGCAGUGGCAUGAAACGUGUGGACGACAUCAAGAAGGUCUUCUCCAAGGAGAAGAUGGAGAAAACCAAGCUGAAGACCAAGGAGAAGAUGGAGAAGACCAAGCUGAAGACCAAGGAGAACCUGGAGAAGACCAGGCACAACAUCGAGAAGAAGAUGAACAAGCUGGGCACCAGGAUGGUCAACACCGAGCGCAAGGAGAAGAUAAAGACCUCCAAGGAGAAGGUGAAGAAGUCCUUCACGCCAGACCACACGGUCUAUGCCAGGUCCAAGACCACCAUCUACAGAGUGCCGCCCUUCACCUUUCAUGUAAAGAAGUUCCGGGAUGGAGAAGUGGAGGAGGUGAUGAGCACUGAGAUGGUGGAGGUGGGCGAGGAGGAGGACGAGGAGACCACAGAGCUUCUGAUGGAAGAACACAACCCCGAGGUGCAGGCCUUGCUCGAGCUGACGGAGGAAACGGAUGCCUUCCUGGCUGAAAAGAGAGAUCGAGAUAGAGACAGCGACUAGGAUGUGACACUGAGCAGAGGACUAUGAACUGUGAGACCUGAAAAAUAAUGGACAGAAUCUGGGUUUUAAUAUUAUAACCGCUUAAAACCCAGCGUGCAAUGUAAUGUUUUAUUUUGUUUUUUAAGCUUCUGGUCAUGCCCUUAGCUGAGUUUUAGCACGUAGUAAAAUAACAAGAGACACACAGUCCAAUAUAAAAUGAAUAUAUUCUCAACCACAAAAAAAGGCAACUUUGUUGAGCUGUGUAGAGGGAGCCUACCUGAAAGUAUUACCAGAGUUUUAAAGCGCUAAAACACACAAUAUAAUGUUUAAUUUAGAUUUUAAUUCUUAAAAAAACACAACAAUACAGCAAACUGAUGUCACAAGUGCUAGCUAGUUGGCUACCGAUAAGUGGAUGGAAUUAAGAGAUGGGGAUUUGAGUCACUAUAAUUAUAUAGUGUCGAGAAUCGUGAUAAGGGACUGAAAUGUGUCAGUCUGUCAAGUGAUGUUGAUAAAUUGGUUACACCGUUUCCUGAUAAGUGACUAUAUACAGUACAGCUUCCCGGUUGUAUUCGUGUAUACACGAAUUGAUAGAUAAUAGAGUUAGAAUGAGUUCAAAGCACUAUAAAGAAACUGCAAUUGUCUGGCAAUUGGUGUUUAUAGCUGUCAUUAUUGAGCUGAAUAACAAACAAAUAUAUAGUGUGUUCCUUCAGGAUGGAAUUAUGUACAAUUGUAUUAUUAAGUGUGUAUAUAUAUAUAUAUAUAUAUAUAUAUAUAUAUAUAUAUAUAUAUAUAUAUAUAUAUAUAAAAUCAGGGGCGUAAUUUGCUAUAGGGCAGGGGGGGGCAGUUGCUCCCCCCAGACCUUGGUUUGCCCCCCCCCCCCCCAGGCGAUCUAUAUGACAUUAUGUCUCCCAUUUUUUUAUUGCUUAAAUAUGCAUUUAUAUGGAAAGAAAUGAUUAGGCAAUGUUAUAGAUGAAAAUCAAUGGAUUUAUUUUUCUAACAUAUUUCCGCCAUUUACAGAUGUUGCUAUUAGUUCGGCAAAAACAAUACUUACAGACUGGUGUUGACAAAUUUGCUCAGAUGAACGCGAGACGCUACCCCCUCUAAAAUGCUCUAAAAUAGAAUUAAACUGCAUUCUUACCCCUGGCGGGAGGGCUUAGGUCGGCCAGGGUGUCCUCGGCUCACCACGCACCAGCAACCCCUGUAGUCUGGCCGGGCGUCUGCGGGCUUGCCCAGAGCUGCAUUGUCCUCCGACGCCGUAGCUCUGAGGUGGCUGCAUGUUGGGCCUGCAGUGUGAAAAGAAGCGGUCAGCUGACGGCACACGCUUCGGAGGACAGCGUGUGUUUGUCUUCGCCGCUCCAGAGUCAGUGCUGGGUGGUAGUAGUGUGAGCCUAAAAAUAAUUGGCUAUUCCAAAUUGGGAGAAAAAAAAAGAUAAAAACAAUUGGCGACUACUAAAUUAAAAAAAAAAAAUGAUGCUGUACCGCUAUUUGUUGAAUGUAGCAGUAGUUACAGUAUGUAACUGUGAAAUGUUUACUUUACUGCGAUUUCGGAAGCUGACAGGAGAGCAAUUUGGUUACUGUUAAAGCCUUUACCCUCUUUUAAAACACACAAGUUUCAGUGAAAACGACGACCGUAACGUCACACACUUUAUUAUUAUAAAAUGAGUGGAACGACAAUUUGGACUUUGUUAUAAACCAGCGCUGUGCUUUACAAAUACUUGCAUUGCACAUUUUGUAGAAUUUAUCUUAAGAAUAGGCCUAAGAACGAUGUUGACAAAGCGUGCCUUGCUAUCUCGUUGUAAACUGUCCCAAUUACUGGCUGUUUUUUCUCAUUUAUGAUGGUGCUAUUUGGGACAGAAUGCUCAAUGCUGUCACAACUUUGCCGCCCGCCACCCAAAAUUAUUCUGAAAUGAUGCCCCUAUAUAUAUAUAUAUAUAUAUAUAUAUAUAGUAUCCUAACAUGUACAUAUAUAGCCAAUACAUACAGGUAUUAUCUAAACAAGGUUUAAAAUUAUAAAUAUUAUAAAUAUUAUAUAUAUAUAUAUGUAUAUAUAUAUAUAUAUAUAUAUAUAUAUAUAUAUAUAUAUAUAUAUAUAUAUAUAUAUAUCCGUAAAUGGAAGCAAAAAAUAACCUUGGUCUUUGAAACCAAGUCACUUUUUAUUUCUUGAUUGUGUGUAGAGACAGUAUUAUCAUUUCUACUACUACUACUACUACUAUUAUUAUUAUUAUUAUUAUUAUUAUUAUUAUUAUUAUUAUUAUUAUUAAUCUUUAUUUAGACAUGAAAAGAAUGCAUUAAGUCUGAAGUCUGGUUUGUUACAGGAUAUUUCAAUUAUAAGGCAAAAACAUAAACUUAAUCAAACAGACAGUCAGUAAUGCCUUCAUCAGUGUCCUCAGUAUUAUACAGCUGAUUAUAAUCAUUUAGAACGUAAGGUGCUUGAUAAGAUAUGGUCACCAUGGCUGCACCAUUGACGUAACUGUGUUUGAAGACAUCACUGUAAGAGCCGUGAAUUGCUAAGUAAAUAAAACCCAUCACAAGGCAAUGAUUCCCAACCCUGGUCCUGGAGACCCCCUUUGUCUUUUCAGCUCUUAAACAGUUGCAGAGUUCAAUAUACUUAUAAAAUAGUACAGCUAACUUGAAAUCUGCAGCAGUUUAAGAGUUGAAAACAAGUAAAAAGGUCUAAUUAAGCAAAUUAUCAAUUAAGGGUAUUGUUGAGUAAUUGAGAGUUCAGUUGGAAUAAAAACCAGAAGACACAGCGGGGUCCCCAGAAUCAGGGUUGGGAACCACUGAUUUAAGGUAAACAAUAACACCUUGAUGGAGGUUGCGCUGGAAACACAUACAGCACAAAAUGUCCUGUACAGUAAAGUCUGUUUUUUUGAUUAAUAUGAUGUAAAAAUGUGUUUGGGGGGAAAAGAAAAGAAAAAAAACCCACAAGCUUUAAUCAGAGGGUUUCCUUAAAGGGGAAGUGAUGUUAGCCAAAACCUAGUAGAUUAGUUUUGCCUGGGUGUUUUUCAAGAAUUAGCCGUGCACUUGCAGCUGUUGGUAUGGGUUCAAGUCAUAAAGCCAAUAAUAAAGGGAAGUGACUGCAGGACUAAAAAAAAAAAAAAACUUCUUGUAACCUUCGGAGGGAGUUUUUUUUUUGUACCUGGUCCAAGUUCCUUUUUCAUAUUGUGGCAAACCUGUUUUAGAGUAACCUGAUUUACUACUAGAGCAAUUUAAUCAAAGUGCAACAGUGCAGCAACAUACAGGGGAGUGUCAUUAUAAUAUAAAUGACUGCGUUCUAGAAAGGAAAUUAUGGUUUCAGAGUUGGGGAAGGUAUUAAUGUUGUGGAUAUGAAAAUGGUAAUUGAAAAGCAGAGAGACCCGGAGGGCAGAUAAACUAAGGGAUCCCGCCAGCACUAGAGCUGAUUUGACGUCAGUCUGUUUCUUGUACUAUAAAAUAUGAUAGCAUAUAAUAUAAUCAAAGAUGCUGCUUCUUUCUUUUUCUGCUAACAUACAGCAAUAUAAAUAAUGAAUAAGUUGCAGUUAAACAUGAUUUACUGUUGCAGGGUUAGCUGGCCUAGAAUGGGUAGUCAUUGACCAAGCACAUCUGCAAGGCUUUGUAUCCCUUUCAUUGUUAAAUACUUGCUUUUGUAUCUUCAGUAAUAGUAAUGUACCUUCAUGAAUAAGCCCUUUGUAGCCUUCAAGCAACUUCAGUUGCAGAAAGCUAACCCACUCUUUCCAUCCAAAUCUGAUUGUGAUUACAACUUAUGCUAUUACAACUUAUGUUCUAGGUACAGUUUGUCCUGUUCAGUUUUUCUUUCGUCAAAGCUUGAUCUAUCAGUGUAUAAACCACAGCAGACCUAAAUGGAGCCAGGUUGCUUGUGUAUAUCAAAUAAAUUAAUAGCUUUAACUAUAACUUGCAAAUGCAAUUCGGUCUAAAAGAUGGCAGAUCUAAAUACCAUUGAUUAAAUGAUGAAAGUAAUUAAAAUAGCAGAUUUGGGCCUAUUUUAAUAUUUAGACAGUAAGCCACAGUUUAGAUAAAUUGCGUAGAACCCAUUGACUUCUCUAGAGUUAAGACAGUACGUUAACCCCAGUGCAUAGGUCUCUGUUUCACACAACGAUGAAUCAGCUUAGGACUCUAGUGGGGUUUAUGAGAUUAAAAUCCUGUUCGAGAUCAUAUUGUGCAGGUUUUAGCUCAACUGUAUUCCCAUACCUGGGACUCUAUGAAUGUCUUUGAGAGCUCAAAGGGUUUGACUUUGUGAAGAAAUGCUGAUACUGUACUGUGUUCGAAUUUUAGUUUUACAUUUUCACCGCGGAAUAUAAUUGCUUCUUUGAGUAAAAUCAGGUGUACCUUUUUUCUUUUGAUGAAAUAAGCGAGUGUCUCGUAAUGUUUCUAUUACUGUACUGUACAAAAGCAUCAGCAAACAAAUACAAAAAAAAAAUGUGGAUGCAGAACAAACUGGGGAACAAGCAUAAAAUAUAUUUUCAAAUAACAAACUGGGUUAUUUCUUGAAUCUAACAGUUUGUUGUUCCUUUUAACCAUUACAGAAACAAUCAAUGUUCCUAAUAUUUAAUUCUUACCUGUUUCUAUUCUGUACGUUCUGUAUAUUCUGUAUAGUCGCUAGAUCAUUAUUUCUUGUGCUUUCUCACCAAUCCAGCAAAACAUGCUUAAAAAAACACCUCCUAGAUGCUGAUUGUGGGGAAACUGGGGAAGAAUAUUAGUGUUGCAUGGAAGUCCAUAGGAGAAGCAUUGUGCGCCGAAGCCUGUGCAACAUUGAUAUGUUUCCCCACAAUCAACAGAGGCAAUUUUUGCUGGAAUACUACAGUAUAGCAUGGGAAAUCAUGAUCUAAGCAGAAACAGCAAUGGAGAAUCAUGCAAAACAUGCAUGAUACAAUAUUAAACAUUAGGACAACGCAGCUGAUAGAAAAUAUAAUUUUACAACCCACACUAUAAGGAAAUGAUUACAUGAAGAUUUACUUGUAUACAAGCCUGGAUGUUGCCUCUUCAUCAAUGGGUGCCCAAUGUAUAUUACAAGCAGUUAUUUGACAUACUAUUCAGUUAGAAAGACUUGGGAAAUAGCAUUGUUUUUAUUUGCUUCCUGGCACAUGUAAAAUUAUAUGCUGUAACAGUAUUUUUUAUUUCAAUUUACAUGACUAUCCUGGUGAUCAGAUAAAAAAAAAAAAAAAUGUAAAAAAAAACAAAAAACGAAAUGUUUACAUUGACCACACAGCAUUUAGAUGGACAAGCUUUAUGUUUCCUUUUCUAGUUGCAUCUUAUUUAGCCAAAGAAAAGAGUUUGCUUUCUAUAUUGUAUAUUAUCAGACGCCUAACCACUAAUAAAACAACUGUCUGACUCACA